AUGCAAAAAAUUUGAAAUAAUAUGAGUCGGCUUUACGAUGAAUGGAAAAAAACUGCUGGGGACAAGCUCCCACGAGUUUUCCGUAAGAAAGAUGGAGAGGAAAACAAGUCAACCGUAAAGCCAAUUGUUAUAUCAAUCCCACUGAAGGGAGGAUCUGAACCUGUUGAAUUAACAGAAAAUUUUUUGAAAGUAAUUGAAAGAGAAUACGCUGUAAGAUAUUUAGAAAGCAUAGGAGUCGAUCCUACAAGAAAACAUAUUGAAAAACUACUAGAAGACAUGCCACUUGACAACUGUGAAAUUAAAGCAAGAUGAAGACAAACAUCAGGAUGGCUUGCAGAUGUCAUUGAUAUAUACCCAAGAUGUAAACAAGUAGAACAGCCAAAAACUGUCUCAAAUAACCUUGCUUCACGAUUAGAAAGCCAGCCAACUGUUAAGGAGCUGCCAAAAGAAGAAUUGGGGCUUACUUUAGAGCACUUCAGAAACGCUGAUCCACAUAUGGGAACUGAGACAGAAGCUGAUGAAAAAAUUCAGAUUGAUCUGAAUAUACACAACAUCAAGCAAAAUUAUUUAUAUCCCUUUAUGGCUGUUUCUUCAAAGCAAGAAUUCACUUCAAAAUAUUCGAACUUCGCCUUGCUUCGUGAACAAAGCAAAGAUAUGAUUGAGAGAGCUAAGCUCUUAAACCAGUCAAGUGAAGACUUGCUAGACUCAAAAGUCUUUAAAUUUCCAUUUGAAUCUAUUACUGUUGCUACAGCACACAUAAAAGAAAUGAUGCAGCCAAUUGAAAUUUCAGCUGAAGAUGUUGAAAAAGACAUAAAAUAUGUCUUGAAAAAUUUCCCACUUGGGUCAUUGCCGAUUCAGGUGCAAGCUGGAGAAAGAGGAGAAUUAUUAAAAUCAGCACUGGCUAAUGUUGAGUCAGAAAAUAAUGCAAGACUGAUAGGCUUGGUUUCUCAUUUUUGUUACUGGACUGUUUUCAGUCAUCUUCACAGUAUUGGAAUUAAUGACGAGCAAAGGCAACAGAUGUUUAUUACGAUCUUGCACUUGUUCCAUGAUCUUGAGUUAAAAUCUAAAAGUAGAAAACAAUUGUAUUUAGCUGUCUUCAUCUUAAUUAUGAGGAUGAUUGUUGAAAAUAUUUUUGUAAAUUCCUAUAAACAAUUUUUUGCUGUCCCAGCUCAGAAGAAAAUUGCCUGUGAAAAAAUCCAAUUUGUGAUAACAAAAUUGUUUGACCCAGAAUGCUUUUAUAUUAUGUGUUGCCAUAAUUUGGGAAGUUCUCCACACUUCAGGACACUUUCACAUGUGUGUAACCUAAUUCCAAUUGUGGAGUUUCUACAUUUAGUAGUUCCAGAGUAGAAUUAUGUUCCAUAUGUGGGAAAGUGUCCUGAAGUGUUGAGACCAUCCCAAAUUAUGCCAAUGUAUUAUAGCAGAAUUAGCUUUUUAGAAUCAGGAAUUGAUGCACUAAGCGUAGCUGGAAAAGCAAGGUCAAAGAUGAGUGCGAAAUAUUAUUCAACAUCGAGUGUAGUUAAAAGUCUCUUUCCUAAUCCUCAACACCCAAGAACAAGGGCUUUGCUAGCUAAAAAAGAAGCUUAUGAAGGGAAACUUGAAAAUAUGGUGAAAACUGCAGCACAAAUUGAAGGGACUAUGCCACUGCUGCCAGGGAAAUUGAAUUAUUAUCAGCAGACGGAACCAUGGAAAACUGAUGACUAUCUAGAUAUUCCAAGCAGGGCUCACUUGUUUAUGCUAACGCUACAAAAAAUGAAAAAGACAAGCCAAUAA